CAAAGACUUGUGACCUGAUCUGAUUGGACCAGCGCAGACCCUGACCGAGCCAACGAACCGACGAGCUUCUCAUUUCUUCUCUUCUCUUGCCUUCUAUUUAUAAUUUUCUAUUUCUAUUUCUAUUUGUGAUUCCUCGUUCAGUUCAGUUCAGUUCAGAGAAAGAUGUUGCAGCUACUUUACACUGCCAUUUUCGCCGAAAUGCUUCUCAUUCUCACCCUCGUUUUCAAAACCCCUCUCAGAAAACUCGUCAUCGUUUCCCUGGAUCGCGUGAAGCGCGGUCGCGGCCCCGUCGUCGUGUCCACCGUCGGCGCCACAUUGGUGGUGGUCCUCGCCUCCAGCCUCUACAGCAUGGCCAAGAUCCAGCAACGCACCCUCGAGGCCGGUAUAGUCAACCCCACCGACCAAGUCCUCAUGUCCAAGCACAUGCUCGAAGCUUCUCUCAUGGGGUUUGUGCUAUUCCUCUCUCUGAUGAUUGAUAGGUUGCACCAUUACAUUAGAGAGCUUCGUUUACUGAGGAAGACCAUGGAAGCUAUUAAGAAACAAAGCCGAAGUUUUGAAGAUGGUAAAAAUGGCAAUACAGAGGAACAUAAAGCAUUGAGUGAAGAAAUUGGUACAUUGAAGUCCACAAUUAAGAAACUAGAAUCUGAAUGCGAGGCAAAAGGAGAUCAGGCUAAGACUUUGAAAAGUGAAGUAGAGGCUCUUAAAAAGCAAUCUGAGGGGUUCCUUAUGGAGUAUGAUCGCCUCUUGGAAGACAAUCAGAGUCUGCGGAGUCAGAUGCAGGCCUUUGACCCUGAUAAUAAAAAGAGCACGUGAAUGAUGAAAUAUCUAGAAAGACAGUUUUAUCUUUUGUUAUAACUCCGUUUGAGUGCCAGAUGUUUUCUUAAUGAGGUCACGCUUGUAAAUACCAAGUAUCUAAAGACAGAUUGAGUGAACUUGCUGUACUUUAAGCAGCUCACAUAUUAUUAGCUAAUGCACGUAUAGGUGAUUUAGUCAGCCUAUAACCAUAUUGUUCAUUAUGGUAAGAUGAUAAUAAAGGAACACAUAUUUAUUGCCUUACGA